UGCUCCUGGGCAAGCUCUAUGGGCUCGCUGACAUCCCUGAGGUCCAUACACUAUGCUGCCAACCACAGGGCAGACUAUUUCCGCAAACUGAACAAGGAGAGGGAAUUCCACUAUUCUGUCAUCCAGUUCAAGCUGAAUCACAUGGUUUCCAUGCUGUCUAGGAGGGGCAAUGCGGCAGAAAACUACAUAGGCUGCCGCCCA